CGGGAUUUUCCCCGCCCAGAAAAAAAUCAAUCUCCGUCGAUGGCGGCUCCGCGCCCCGCCCUGGACCUGACGUUGGCCCAGCAGGGGCUGCCAGCCUUGCGCCGGCAGUUCCCCCACGUGGAGGCCGAUGCCUUGUCCCUCUUCCUGGGCGCUGGGCUGACCGAUGAAUCACUGGCCGCCUUGGUCGAGAUGGAGAAGGAGGCCGCGGCCGGCAAGGCGGACCAGUUUGGGCACCUGCCGACGCGAGGGUGCCACUUGACGAGAGGCAACUCCCUGGAGGUCAAGUUCGAGGGCGGGGACAGCCCGCCCCACGUGGGCACGGUGCUUCAUAUCACGGGGCUCCCGGACCUUGGCAAGGAAGCAGGCAUCGUCUUGCCCACAGGGGAGGUCUUGGCUUUGCAGGUCGCCGAGCAGACCAGCUUCUGGUUACAGGACUUUGGCAUGCACGAGCUCAGGGUGAAAACUGGCGAGGAAGUUGAGAGGUGUUGGUUCAUGGUGAGCUCACCCCUGGGUGAGUACGGAGAAGCCUUGGAUCUCUUCAACGAUGCGUACGACUGGGUCUGGGACGGCACCUGGACACCGGAGCUGGAGGAGUCCAUUCUGCAUCUCAUCGUGGGACUGGACGACUGCUUCGCGUCCUUGGCCAGCAAAGGCGCCUUCAUGUCGGAAGCCUUGGUGAGUACCUUGGCGGCGCCCCGGAAGCGCAUGGAGAAGUACCUCUCCCGGGCCUUGGAGUCCCAGGACCCUUUGGCCUUGGGCCGGGCGGUGUCCUCCAUCCGCGCCUUCACUUUGGCGCAGAGCCUCUUCGACAUGUUCGGCCCGUUGAUGGGGGCUGGCCAGGGCCUGCAGGGCAGCAGCUUCUACAGCACAGUGGUGGCCUUUGAGAAGGCUCGCCUGCAGGCUACCUCCAGUGGCAAGCAGCAAGACCUGAAGCGACAGCUGCGGCGCUUGGUGUUAGCGGCGGACGCCCAUGUGGCGGAUUUGUACAACAGCGGCAAGGGCCAGGACUUCAUCCGGCGGUGGAGCGGAGGCCUUCGCGCGGAGAUCUGGGCGAUGCUGGAGGAUGCCGUCAUCCACCCCCUGCCCUUCCAGCAGAUGCGAGGAGGAGGUGGCGGCUAUGUGGCUGACAUGAUGGCUAGCAUGGCGGAGUCCUACGGCGGUGCUCAAGCGCCGGGCCGGGCUGAGACCACGGAAGCCAUGACCACGCUGCAGCCCCAGGCCUCCUUUGCCGUGGCGCAGUCCAAGGUGACGCGGUGGUUGGAGAGCCUGGUAGAUGAGCAGAUCAGCGUGGGCAACCCCAUGGCGCCCUUCGAAAUCCACAGCCGAGACCCGGGAGUCCAAGAGGUGCUGGCGGCCGUGCACAGCUCCCUGAGCUUGGGGUUGGGCUAUGUCUCCGCCCAAGGAGAGAUCUCUGAGUCCUCAAAGCUGGUGGUGCUGCUGGAUCGGGUCCGCGCGUCCCUCCCGCUGCACGCGCCCCAGGACUUCCUGCGGGAGCGCAGGCGGAAGGACCGCCUCAAGGACGUGUGCCGAGUGCUGCGCUCGGCGAAGAAGCGGGGCCAGCGCCUCUCCCUGUCGGUGAACACCGACUUCGCCGGGGCAUUGAAAGCCCUACAAGAGCACCACGAGGACACGUGGGUCGGGCCAGCGCUGGAAGCCGUCUGGGAGAUCAUGCGGCAGCAGAAGCGAGUCUUUGCCUUUGAGCUGCGCCUGCAUGAGGAGGGCAAGGCGCCGCGGCUCAUCGCGGCGGACUUUGGGCACGCCCACACCUUUGGCCGGGCCUACUACGUGGCCACCCGCUUCUUCGACCGCAGUGAACGCACUCUUCAGCCGGGCUUUGUCCUCGCAUAUGCGGAGGCGGAAUGCCUCCGCAGGGCCGGGUUUGAGCUCUGGGACCUCGGGGGCGCGGAUCAUUCCCCCAUGAUGCAGUACAAGCCCCAGGUGGCGCUCGAAAUGCACCGCAGCGAGUAUUUGCUCCGGCUCUGGGAGAUCGCUCGGGCGGAGUACGCGAACACGGAGGAUCCCUCAGCGAGCCUGGCAGCGAGUCAGAAGCCGCUCACGGACCUCUUAGCAGCACCUCCUGUGAUGGGUGAGCGUGUGCCACAGGGUGUGGUCUUUGAGGACAUCACGGAGCAAGAGCUCUGGGGGGCCAAUGCCCUGCAGCAGCAGGAGCAGCGGAAGGCUGCGCAAGAGGAGGAGGUGAAGGCAAUGAAGUUGGAGCAGGCCAAGGCUCGAGUUGAGAAGGCCAAGGCAAAGAAGAAGGCAGAGAACGCGAAGAAGGUGAAGCCUGAGGCAUCUGAGAAGAAGGCGGUGAAGAAGCCGGAGGUCAACGGGAAUGCAGCGAAGAAUGGCAAGACGCCUGAGAAGGUACCGGAGCCACCGCAAGAAGCCAAGGACGCCUUUACGCCGCCAAGCAGAGAGGCUCCAGCGCAGCCUAAGGAUGACGCUAAGCUGCAGUUCCUUGCCGCCGUGCAGAAGCUGGUCGACGAAGGGCUCUCCCAAACGGAGGCUGUGGCCAAAGCCUUGCGAAAUCUGCGAAGCUGAGGCUGCGCGUGGGAUGGCGCGAGCGCCAAGAAAAAAAAGCGCGCCGUCUCGUCAAAAGCGGUU